UUAGGGCGAAUUCGACAGGAAUAACAAACUCGUCCGUGAGAAAAUGAAGCUCAAAAAUCUUAUUCCUAAUGUAGAGAAACGCGUUAAAAACAUCAAACAAUCAAUAAACAGCACAGAAAAAUGACUGAUAGAUAUAAUAUUCACAGCCAAUUGGAGCAUUUACAAAGCAAAUAUAUUGGAACUGGACACGCAGAUACAGUAAAAUAUGAAUGGCUUACAAACAUCCAUAGAGACAGUCUAUCUUCAUAUAUUGGACAUUACGAUCAGUUAUCAUAUUUUGCUAUUGCCGAAAAUGAGAGUAAAGCUCGCGUUAGAUUUAACCUAAUGGAGAAAAUCCUACAGCCUUGUAACCCACCAGAAAAGGUCGAGAAUGAAGUUCCUUAAACUGUUUAAAAUUUUUCAGAGAAUUGAGCUAAACUCAAGUCAUUUUGGGAACAGGACAUUAAAAUAGUGUCACUUGUCAGUUCACAGCCUUUAUUGUAAAAGAUUCAAAAUGGUACAAAAUAAAUGGAGUUUCAU